AUGAUAGAUUUCUUAAAAGAUCGCAAACAGAGAGUAACAGUUGAUGGCAUCACAACUGAGUUCUUGAAAAUUAAUCGUGGCGUGCCUCAGGGGACUGUUCUAGGCCCAAUACUAUUUUCAAUAAUGGUAAAUGACAUUAAACCAGUCAAUCCAAUCAAUGAACUCUGUAAAUUCGAUGAUGAUAUAACAAUAGAAGCCUCGGGCUAUGAUGAGGAUGAUACAGGUGCUGAAGAGGUAGAAAAUACAAUCGUGCUGAAUAUGAACAAAACAUACGAAAUGAUUGUUUGUGGGAGAACAUCUAUACCUCUACCCAGUUGCAUUCCGUCCAUCAAACGGAAAACAUAG